CUCUAGCAGGAAGCCAAUGAGAGCGAGGGAGGCAGAGAGAGAGAGGGAGAGAGGGUGUGUUUUUGUAUCACUGCAGCAUCAGCACAGAGAGAAAGGAGAGGGCACAAUCAAUUUGAUAGAGAGAGGGGAAGAGAGAGAGAGCGAGGGGAAGAAAACAAGGAGGACAGAGGAAAAGGAGAAUCAACAUCCCUGAGGCCAUCUUUUAAACCUGUGGAGGGAAGACUGCAGGAGGGUGUGGACCUGAGCGAAAAAGAGAGAAAAUAGAGAGAGAGGCUGAGAGCCAAAGGAAACCAGGAGUAAAAGGUAGAAGAAAAGGAAGAGAAACUCUGGCUGAACAUCGGGCGUGACAACAGAGACAGAGAGAGAGUCACACGCUCGCUCGGCAGGAGUGUGUGCAGAUUGCCCUCUGUGUGCGUUUCACGUGUGUGUUGAGCAGGUGGGACUUUGAUGGGACGGUGAGCAAUGCCUCACACUCAGCAACAUCAGGUUGGCAGUAUGGGGCGACGCCCCCCUCUCCUCCUCCACCCUAUCCUCCUCCUCCCUCUCUUCUCUCUCCUCCUAUCCCACGCCCCCCAGCUCAGCCAAGGAGCCAUACACAUACCUUCUAACUACCAAAUAAAUGAAUUUAAGAAACCCCCAGUGAUCACCACCCAGCCUGAGUCCAUCACUGUGUUCGGUGCUGAAGACAUCCUCCUGACCUGCGAAGCAUCAGGGAACCCUCCUCCCGAUUUCCGCUGGACUAAAGAUGGGGAAGAAUUUAUCCCUGCCAAUGACCCGGGCCUGUCGGUGUCUCCGGGUUCUGGAACCUUCAUGAAAACCGGGGUGGUGUCAGGCCCCAUGAGCCAAUACAAGGGCAAAUACAGCUGCUACGCUGAAAACGCAUUAGGAACUGCUGUGUCUAACGAGGUCCAGCUCAUCACUGAGAACACCCCUGCCCUGCAGAAAGAGCAGAAGGUGAAGAAGAAGGUGGAGGAAGGAGAGAGUGUGGUAUUGAAAUGUAACCCUCCCUUCAGCACUGUUCCUCCUGUCAUCCACUGGAUGGAUGAGCGAAUGAAUCACAUUGAGCUAAAUGAUCGUGUAACCCAGGGCCGGGACGGGAACCUAUACUUCUCUCACGUCACCGUCGAUGACACCCGUAUUGACUACACCUGUAACGCCCAGUACCUCAGCGCUCGCACCAUCCUCUCCAAGGAACCCAUCACCCUGACUGUUACAACCUCUAACUCAGUGGUUCGGAACCGAAGGCCCCAGAUGAUGAGGCCCUCGGGGACCCACAGCACUUACCACGCCCUCCGGGGCCAGAGCCUGGAGCUAGAGUGCAUCGUCCAGGGCCUCCCUACCCCUACAGUCCAGUGGGUGAGGAAGGACGGUCAGCUGUCCGAGUCCCGUACGUCCAGACAUCUGUUUGACCGUCUGCUGCGCAUCAGCAACAUCUCAGAUAGCGACGGGGGAGAGUACCAGUGUUCAGUCAACAACUCACAGGGCAAGGUCACACACACCUACACCGUCAGCGUCGAAGCGGCUCCAUACUGGACCAAGGAGCCAGUAAGCCAGCUCUAUGCCCCAGGAGAGACGGUGAGACUGGACUGUCAGGCUGAUGGCAUCCCGUCUCCUGCUGUCGCCUGGAGCAUCAACGGAAAACCCAUCACAGGCAAAGACCCAACCCCUAGGCGUACUGUGAGAGAUGGAACUCUGAUUAUGAGAGAUGUGGUCUUCAGUGAUACAGCAGUCUACCAGUGUCAGGCCCACAACAAACACGGAACCAUCCUAGUCAAUACCUACAUCUUCGUCAUCGAACUGCCUCCUCAGAUCCUGAAUGCUGACGGACAGAAGUACAACUUCUCAGAGGGACAGAAGGCUAUACUGCAGUGUCAGACCUUCGGCUCUCCCAGACCUAAAGUAACAUGGGAGAGGAACAGCAGCGCUUCUCUACUGGCUGAGCCCAGGGUUAACCUGCUGACCAAUGGAAACCUCCAGAUCACCAACGUCUCCCACGGCGACGAGGGCCUGUACACCUGCUCCGUUAGCAAUACCAACCUGUCAAUCAACGCUGACCUGGAUGUCAUGAACAGGACAGUGAUCCUGUCUCCUCCUGGGUCUCUGCUUGUUCAGCCUGGUAAGACGGCCAUCUUUACCUGCCUGGCACAGGUGGACCCCAAACUGACCCCUCCACACAUUCAGUGGAAGAGGAGCGGACAGGAACUCUUUCAGUCAUACGCCGAGGACAAGUACACAUUUGAGGGCCCAGACCUGAUUGUGGCCAAUGUGCAGACAGAAGACGAGGGUGUUUACACCUGUGAGGUCAUCACCAACCUGGACAGGGUUGAGGCCAGCGGGUCCAUCAUUAUAGUCGACCGUCCAGACCCCCCCACCCAGCUCCAGGUCUCUGACCCUAAGGACCGCAAUGUCACCCUGAGUUGGACCGCAGGAGAUGACCACAACAGCCCUUGUUUGUGGGUGGAGUUUGAAGAUGGUGACUCUAAGGAGCGGGGUUGGGAGGAGCUGAAGAGAGUCAGUGGAACUCAUGAGAGCGUGACCAUUUCUCUGCAACCAUACGUGUCCUACCGCUUCCGGGUCAUCUCCAUCAACAACAUCGGGAAGAGUGACCCCAGCAUGCCCUCUGACCUUCACAGCACCCCACCUCAAGCUCCAGACAAUAACCCAGAGAAUGUGAGGAGUGAGUCUACAGACCCAGACACCCUGGUCAUCACAUGGGAGGAGAUGGACAGGCGUGUGUUUAACGGCCCAGAGUUCCACUACAAGGUGUUCUGGAAAAGGGUGGUAGGUGACACAACCUGGUACUCUAAUGUCUCCACUGAGCCACCGUACAUCGUCACUGAAGUGGGCAACUUCUCCGCCUUUCAAAUCAAAGUUCAGGCUGCCAAUCAGAAAGGAGAGGGACCUGAGCUAGACCCUGUGACUGGUUACUCUGGAGAGGACAUCCCCCUGAAGGCUCCUCAGAAUGUGUCUAUGGUGCUGCUCAACAGUUCAGCCAUCAGGGUGACAUGGGAACCAGUGAACGAAAAGACUGUCAGAGGACACCUGCUGGGAUAUAAGAUCCACCUGCUGAGGUUUGGCUCCAGGGGCCACCACCAAGGCCGUAGGGCUAGAGAGCCAGACACCAGUGUUGAGGUGGAGACAGGGCCCAAAGAGGAGAAGAGGGUCCUGGGGGGACUCAGACCCUAUUCUCACUACACCCUCAAUGUCACUGUGUUCAACAGCAAGGGAGAGGGCCCCCCCUCCAAGACCCUGUCCUUUGAAACUGACGAGGGAGCUCCUGGCCCCCCGAUGUCCUUACGCCUGGACAGCCAUACAGGCACAGAGAUGACCCUACACUGGACACCUCCUGCCCAACCCAACGGAGUUCUCAAAGGAUACCUGCUGCAGUACCAGAUCAUAAAGAGUGACAGCUCGAUGCAGGUGGAGACGAUAGACGAUCACAAGGUCACUCACCUGACCCUGAAGCAGUUGGACCCUCACAGCCGCUACCGCUUCUACCUGAGGGGGCGCACCUCGGCUGGGGACGGAGAGCCUAUCACCAGGGAGGGAGCUACCACACUGGACGGAGCUCCUCCGUCCAACAUCAGCUUGUAUGUAGGAGAGAAAUCUGUUAACCUGAGCUGGGUGCCAGGCCAGAGACAGAGGAGUGUGAGCUUCCAGGUCCAGUACCUCAACAAGCAAGACGGUGGGAAGUGGAAGCAGUCUGAGAAGCUGAACUCGUCUGCAUCAUUCUACCAGCUGAAAGGUCUGACCCCGGGGUCACAGUAUCGCCUCAGAUUCACCUUCAGCAACAACACCUUCUGGGAGACUGAGAUCACCACAAAGGGAGCAGGGGUGAUGGAUAUGCAGACAGGCUUUGCUACUCAGGGCUGGUUUAUUGGGCUCGUGAGCGCCAUCGUGCUGUUGCUGCUGGUGCUGCUCAUCCUCUGCUUUAUCAAGAGGGGCAAAGGGGGAAAGUAUUCAGUCAAAGAUAAGGAGGAGGGUCAGGUAGACUCUGAGGCGCGCCCUAUGAAGGAUGAAACAUUCGGAGAGUACAGAUCUCUUGAGAGUGACAACGAGGAGAAGCGGACAGCCAGCCAGCCGUCUCUGUGUGAUGAGAGCAAACUGUGUAUCAGUGACGACAACCUGGAUGGCUAUAACAACGGUAGCAUUGCUGUCACCGAGGUGACCAUGGAAGAAUCCCUGGUCAGCCAGUACAGCCGACCCAGCGAAGCCACCCCGGACCCGGGCACACUGCAGGACAGCUCCCCCCUCAAUCCCAACACCACCACCAAUGGUCUGCCCAACUCGGUCGCCAUUUUAGAUUAGGCUAGUUAGUUAGAGGUGGCCGUUUUAGAUAAUCCCGUUGCCUUAGUAACUGUUUAUCUGUUAGACCAAAAUAUCUCUGUCAACUACAGUACAACAUGUCAACAAUAUAAACAUGCCCACUGCCCACACACUCCUAGCUAUCUCUAACACAUCUAUCUAGCUAUCUACUUGACUGACUUUUCCAUUGAUAAAAUCACUGACUAUAUGAUCAAUAUACUACUGACCAUUCAGAAGCAUCUGUUAUUCUACAAUGUUAUCUAUCUAGACAUAUAAAGUAUUAUAGAAAUGUACAACAUGUUCAUUAUGAGUUCCAGUGCCUACUGGCCCUCAACACAGAGCACCAGAUUACAUCCUUACUCUAGUCCUCUCUCCUCCUCUACUCUACUCCACUCUUAUCUACUCUACUCCUCUCUUAUCUACUCUACUCCUCUUUUAUCCACUCUGCUCCUCUCUUAUCUAGUCCUCUCUUAUCUACUCUAUUCCUCUCUUAUCUACUCUACUCCUCUCUAAUCUACUCUACUCUACUCCUAUCUACUCUAUUCCUCUCUUAUCUACUCUGCUCCAUUCUUAUCUACUCUACUCCACUCAUCUACUCUACUCCACUCUUAUCUACUCUACUAUACUCCUCUUCUCCUCUCUACUCUUAUCUACUCCUCUCUACUUCUAACUUAUCUACUCUACUUUACUCAUCUUCUCCUCUCUACUCUACUCCUCUCUACUCUAAUCCACUCUACUCCUCUCCUCUUAUCUACUCUACUCUACUCUACUCUACUCUACUCUACUCUACUCUACUCUACUCUACUCUACUCUACUCUAAUCAUCUUCUCUACUCUAAUCUACACCUCUCUACUCUACUCCUCUUUUCUUUUCUACUCUACUCUACUCCUCUCUUCUAAUCUACUCCUCUCUACUCUUCUCUAUUCUAAUCUACUCCUCUCUACUCUACUCUACUGUACUCUACUCUUCUCUAUUCUAAUCUACUCCUCUCUUCUCUACUUUACUCUACUCCUCUCUACUCUACUCUAAUCUACUCCUCUCUUUUCUAUUCUACUCCUCUCUACUCUACUCUACUCCUCUCUUCUCUACUCCUCUCUACUCUACUGUACUCUACACUUGCCUUUUCACCACAAGAGUGACUUCAUUAUUGGUAUGAUAUUGUAAUUUAUAUGUAGACCUCUAGCUUUCUGUAUCUAUUCUGUCUGUCUCUUUCUACGGUGUAUUAAACUGUCAGCUGAUAAAUGUCAUCUUUCCCAUACCUCUUCAUGUCAUAGUAUAGCAUAACAUAACACUAUUACACGCUAUAAUGUGUGGUAGGGAGCAGUAGUUCUGUAUAUUUACAGUUAGCUUGUAGUAAAAUACACAGAUUCUCUCUAUCUUUCUUUAAUUCAAGCCAUGAACAAUGCAUGCUGGCAAUCCAAAACAGGCUUACCUGAUCAGCAGAUUGGGCUGAAAGGCAUAUGCGUAGAUUGGUUGCUUUAUGCAUCUAAUGUGUAGAAUGUGUUCUUUGUAGGGCUGAGUAGAAAUAAUAUUUACAUGCCAAAAACUCUUUGUUUUGAAUUAUACAAUGGUAAGAAUGAUGACAAGAAGCAGACAGAAACAAGCAUUUAGAGAAGGAGAACAGAGGUAUCUCUCUAGAGAGGAACGAGACCUAGAAAGAUCACUUUUUUUUAAAUGUCGCUCUGAAUGUAAAUACAACCCAAAAUAUUGUUAUUUAUCGAUGAGUUUGUUUGAUAAAAAUGUGUGUUUUAAGUUUACUUUAAAGUUGACUUAAAAAUACAUUUCAUUUGUGUUUUGUAACAACGAACCUAUGAAUGAAUACUUGUUUUGAAGGUGAUGACAGUGAUUUGACUGUUAAAACAAAUAUUCAAUAGUACAUAAAAAAUGUAUCUUCACACCAUUUCAUGUUACAAACGCUCUAAAAGACAACUACAAACAUACAUUUUACAUCACUACUAGUAGAAGUGCGCAUGUGAGAUUUGAUUCUGGGUGUCGAGAUGAAUCAGUAGCUAAUGUCAUUUUAAAAUAUACAGUAGAAUCAAAACCCACCUAUUGAAAGCAGAGGUUAAAAAGUAGGCUAAUGUUCCUCAUGUACAUCAAUGUUUUGUUUCCUGACUUUAAAGUGUCCCUUUGCAGUCCAGUGAGUAUCUGUUGAGAGUCUAUGUACUGUGUCUGAAAAUGCAAUUUAUUCCCUAUGUAGUGCACUAAUUAUGGGACUAGGUUGCCAUUUCAUACACUUUUUGUGCUGAGGCAGUGUGAUGAUGAGGCAAGGAGGGAUGCAGUGAGCUAGCUGGUGAUGAAGCACCACAGGGAGCAUAUGCAAUGUGCUGGCUCUGCUCUCACUGCUCACCCAGUCAAUCUAGCCUACAGUCUAUUCUGAGACAGACCCAGGUUCAAAUAAGAUUAUUUUUAUUUCAAAGAAGAGUUUGAUUGGGCCUGCCUGGAUCACCGGAGACCAAGGUUUGCACUUUUGGGACUACUCUAUUUGUUCCAUUGUUCCAGGCAAUCUCAAUCAAGCACAGCUUGAAGUAUUUGAGAAAGGGUGAAUACUAUUUGAACCCAGGUCUGACUGCAAGCCAAACCGUUACUGUUCAGUGCAUCCCCAGGGAGAUGGGAUAGAGAAAGUGGGAUUGACUCUGGCUUGGCAGAAAGACAGUGGGUCUGAACGAGAGGUUUGAGUGAGCCCAGCUCCCUGUAGUUUGCUGUUACAGAUACACUCAGGACAAAAACAUUUAUUUUCAGAAAUCUAUUUUCAUAUGGGAAUGAGAAAAUGAAGUAAUAUGCCAGUUAUUCUAUCACGACUAUGGAUUGCAUCACAAAUGGCUCCCUAUAUAGUGCACUACUUAUGGCCAGAGCCCUUUGUGUUCAGAUAAAUAACCAUAUGCCCUGGCCAAAGGUGCACUAUAUGGGGAAAUAGGGUGCCAAUAGAGCUGCUAACCAUCUGUGUUUAUCAUGGUGUGAUUUCAGGACAAAUGUUUGCUUUGAAUGAGUGAACUACUGAACACACAGAUACUCACUCUACUGCCUGCCAGCCAGCCUGCCUGCCUAUAUAUCUAUCUGGCUCUGCUUUGCUUCUUACGUUGUCAGUGAGGAGAUCGUCUAAGCCAGACAGCGCUAGCGUUUGUUUUUUCCCCUCUGUUACUUUCCUUUCCUGUUUUUUAUACAACAUCAAAGCAAAUAAACAAAGUGAAUAAGAAUUGCAUAUAGAGGAGAACGACAGCAACAACAUAUUUUAGGACAUGACAUUCAUGGAUUUAUAUUCGUGAUGGAGGGAGGGGAGGGACACUAUGUACACUAUGUAUUUCACUGCCUGAGGGGAGACAGAGUGCCUCUGUGUGCUUUGUUUGGGGUGCAACACUAGUAAAAUGGUUUUGGGGGACUGGAAGGUACAGUAGUGAAUUCACACCCUGGUCCCAGAUCUGUUUGGGUUGUAUAGCAAACUCCUAUGGUUGUUAUCAUGCUAAAGUCGUAGGAGUUGGCAAGACAGUACAAACCGAUCUGGGACUGGGCUAGUGUGCUCGUGCCAUUGGUUGAGACUGAAGUGAAGUGGGUUGGGAUAACUGUAUGGAGGGGGUCUUGUACUGUAUGUUAUGGGCCCAAUGACAAUGUAACUAUCUGCAUUAUGAAUCAGCUACGUGUAACUAAAUAUGUGAUUGAUUAAAUAAAAAGAACUUGGAACAAUCUGAACCAAAAGAG